UCCAUUCCUUUGCCACUCAAUAGCGGAACUUCCAAUAGCAAAAACAAUUCAUUAACAGCCUCAUACUCCUACUCCUUUUCUUCUUCAUCUCUUUCUUCUCCUAUUCUCUUCUCUUCUCUUCUGUGUGAGAGUGAGAAUGGAGAAGAUGGCUGCACUUACUACUAUCCACACCUCCUUCUUCCCCACCAACACCAUUCUUCAAAAGCCAUCAUCUUUUCAACCCUUCUUCUCUACCCGACUUCUUGGCCUACCCUUAUCUUCUUCUUUUUCCGUCGCCAAAAGAUUAUCUUCCUUCACUUCCAGGCCCAUCAAAUGUUCUGUUUCCGAAGCCACAGAGCCCAAAGCUGGUGAGAAGAAGAAGCAAUUGUUGAGAAGAGGGGACGUCAGAAACAUAGCGAUUGUUGCUCAUGUUGAUCAUGGAAAGACUACUCUCGUUGAUGCCAUGCUCAAACAAACUAAGGUGUUUCGUGAUAACCAAUUUGUGCAGGAAAGGAUAAUGGACUCGAAUGAUUUGGAGCGCGAAAGAGGGAUCACUAUACUGAGUAAAAAUACAUCUGUCACCUAUAAAGACACAAAGAUCAAUAUAAUAGAUACUCCAGGUCACUCUGAUUUUGGGGGUGAAGUGGAGCGUAUCCUAAAUAUGGUGGAAGGGAUCCUUCUAGUGGUAGAUUCUGUUGAAGGACCAAUGCCACAGACAAGAUUUGUCUUGAAGAAGGCUUUGGAGUUUGGUCAUUCAGUUGUUGUGGUUGUGAAUAAAAUAGAUAGACCUUCUGCUCGCCCAGAUUUUGUUGUCAAUUCUACUUUUGAACUCUUCAUUGAACUGAAUGCCACUGACGAACAAUGUGACUUUCAAGUGAUCUAUGCAAGUGGUAUAAAAGGGAAAGCAGGUUUGUCUCCUGAAAAUCUGGCAGAAGACCUUGGUCCAUUGUUUGAAUCCGUCAUUAGAUGCAUCCCUGGACCGCGCAUUGACAAAGAUGGUGCUCUUCAAAUGCUGGUGACAAAUAUUGAAUAUGAUGAACAUAAAGGGCGUAUAGCAAUUGGGCGUGUGCAAGCUGGAGUUUUAGAAAAAGGCAUGGAUGUUCGAGUAUGUACUUCAGAAGAUUCAUGUAGAUUUGGAAGAAUUAGUGAGCUCUACGUGUAUGACAAAUUCAGUAGGGUUCCUGCAGAUAAUGUGGAGGCAGGUGAUAUAUGUGCAGUGUGUGGAAUUACUGACAUUCAGAUUGGGGAGACAAUUGCUGAUAAAGUAUCUGGGAAGCCACUACCUUCCAUCAAGGUGGAAGAACCAACAGUGAAAAUGUCUUUCUCCAUAAACACUUCACCUUUUGUUGGCCGUGAGGGAAAGUAUGUUACUAGUAGGAACCUAAGGGAUAGGCUUUAUCGUGAACUUGAGCGGAAUCUGGCUAUGAAAGUUGAAGAUGGUGAAACAGCUGAUACAUUUGUUGUCAGUGGGCGUGGAACUUUACAUAUCACUAUACUCAUAGAAAAUAUGCGAAGAGAAGGCUAUGAAUUCAUGGUUGGACCUCCCAAAGUUAUCAACAAGAAGCUGAAUGACAAACUGUUGGAACCGUUUGAGAUUGCAACUGUGGAGGUACCAGAAGAGCACAUGGGAGCUGUUGUUGAACUUCUUGGUAAGAGACGGGGACAGAUGUUUGACAUGCAAGGAGUUGGAUCGGAAGGAACUACACUACUCAAAUAUAAGAUCCCAACACGUGGUCUUCUUGGAUUGCGGAAUUCAAUUUUAACCGCCUCCCGAGGAACGGCUAUUCUCAACACCGUCUUCGAUAGCUACGGGCCUUGGGCCGGUGACAUUAGUACCCGUGAUCAAGGCUCAUUGGUAAUGUCUGCAUUGAAAGAAAUUUGUAGAGCAUGGUACUCCAUAAUUCCAUUGUUUCCCUCAGUCAUUGAUGAAGUUAUGGAAUUUCAGGUUGCUUUUGAGGAUGGAGCAAGUACUUCUUAUGCAAUCUCUAGUUCACAGGAGAGGGGACAGAUGUUUAUUGGACCUGGUGUGGAAGUUUAUAAAGGUCAAAUUGUUGGCAUCCAUCAGCGACCUGGAGACUUGUCCUUGAAUGUUUGUAAGAAGAAAGCUGCUACCAACAUUCGAUCCAACAAGGAACAAACAGUGAUUCUUGAUACACCAUUAGACUAUAGUCUGGAUGACUGCAUUGAAUACAUCCAAGAAGAUGAACUUGUAGAGGUCACCCCAACAAGUAUCCGAAUGUGCAAGAAUCCAAAAUUAGCAAGGAAACCAAGGUAGACUUUCACUGUGAAGCAGUAACUUGCAAAUGCUUUUUGAGUUACCAGUUACUACAGCUGAAGCUGCAUGACUCAUUAAUGCUGUUGCUGCUGAAUCGAUGAAGAAGUAAAUCACUACCAGUGAUGUAGUGUCACAUAUUCUUCCAAAGCUGCAUGCAGAAUAAUAUAGGAGCUGCUGAAAGCCGUAUUCAAUAUUCAUUAUAGGUAUUGGUCACAGUUGAUUUAAGGGGAUAAAGUAACAUUACAGAGUUUUGUUUACUUGCUUUGUAAAGUCCAUAUUUUAGCAGAAAGGAACUUGAAGAUAUCAAUUCUUCAUAUUGGUUGGCAAAUAGCAACACCACACCUUGGGUUAAAUUUCCAGUGAGAUCACUGAUUUUGAACUACCUCACCAAUCUUCACGUAUUGAUAUUUAGCUUUUACUUUGAAUGAGUGACAAGCUAGAAAAACAUUUCAUGCAAGACUAAGAUUUUUUCAUUUAAGAAAAUUAGUCUUGGAUCAUGUUGGAGAUCUUAUAUCAAUUCGAAAUAAGGUAAGUUUAUAUUA